GAAGUGAACAUGUUUGUUGCAAGGCUGGCUAUCGUGACGUGGGCAAUGGGCGCAUGCGGCGGGAAAAACAAGAUCCGCAACGGCGGAAACGUGAGAACGUUGAUGGGCGCGCCUAUCAAGCUUGUCUGGCGGCCAAGCCCAGAAGGCGUCUGGUCGAAUUUCCAUAGGGGGCAACGCCAAGUGCUUGGCUGUUGGCGAGGCUGCGGAAACCGGGACCCGGCGGGGGCCACGCGACAUUUGGUUGUGUAAGGAAAAAACAAAAAAUCAAAAAUUUCUUCUGCGCAUUGGGGAGUUCCAUGGAGGAGCUCGUAGCUGAGGGCCGAUGGCCGAUGGCCGGUACCCGCAACGACGCCGCACGCGUGACCCAUUCACCGCGACCACGGAAGUCGCCGUCACCAGCAGAGCCUCACGACGCCACAGACGAGUACUCGGGUAUAAUCAUCGUUGGAGGUGUUCGGGGGGUUGAAUUACACUUUCUGCAGUCCAAGAUUCCCAAGAUCUUCUCUCCACUGUCAUCCCGCACUUUCUACCCCAUGGGCAGCCUCUCGCCUCCGGAUCGUUUUCGUCGCGUUUUCGUGGGCCGUGGCGGAUGGGUUUCCAGAAUCGGCAGUUUAAUGGGGCUUCUCCGCGAAAGCCGGUGGGGCCACCCUGCGCGCGGAGUGCUUGGACAAAUCCCGGCCCUCAGAUCCCACAGAUGUAACAUUGUCCACGAGCCCACGGAGCCCUCUUUCACGUUUGCAAACACCAGCCGUCUCCAGCUUGGCACACGUAUGUACGUCGUUCCCAUGCGUCAAUCCAUCCUUCGCCCGUCAGCGAAACGCCGAGUUUCCGAGCUGCAAUAUCUACACCUCCAAUUUCUGUGUCAUUGCCAUUGCCCAUUGCCACGCUGCUGGCACCAUCGCGUAGGGCUAGCUCAUGCGUUGGACCAUACGUGUGGUCAGUUUUUUUCUGCUGGCCGCCUCUGGAGGCUUGGCCACGCUCGUCUCGAGCUUGACGAGCUUGACGAGCUUGCGCCUUCUUGGCUGGCUCAGGAAGGGUCCGCCCCAGUUUUCUAUGCCCAAGCGGAACCCGAUUGCUUGCAUUCUGCCGGCAACCAUUGCAUACAUGGUUAAAAGGGCGUCGGCGGCGACUCGGCUGUCGGUCGUACCACGGCCGCCCCAGCUGCCCCGGUCUCGACUGCCCUCACUGCCAGGACUUUCCAGCACCGCUGCACUACUGCCAUCCUAGAUGCCGUAUCCUCCGCGAUAGCGCUGUCAUCCGACCAUCGACCCGCUUGGUCUGUGAGCCUCGAGAUGGAACCCCGGGAUUGUGGGGCCUUUGCCGCCACAAAUGGUUGAGCAGCCA